GUGCGCGCUGCUGGCUGGCCGGCCAUGGGAGCGUCCCGCGGCCGCGGGGCACUGGCGGCGCUCUGGUGCCUCGGGCUCCUGGGGGGCCUGGCGCGCGUCGCGGGCACGCACUACCGCUACCUCUGGCGGGGCUGCUACACGUGCCACCUGGGCCAGGCCGGCUACUCCGUGAGCGCCGGUGACCGGAGGCCAGAUGUAGAUGAGUGCCAAAUGCACAACGGCGGCUGUCAGCACAGAUGUGUGAACACACCAGGCUCCUAUCUCUGCGAGUGCAAGCCCGGAUUCCGGCUCCAUGCGGACGGCAGGACCUGCUUGGCCAUAACCUCCUGUGCUGUGGGCAACGGGGGCUGCCAGCAUGAGUGUGUCCAGCUCACAAUGACCCAGCACUGCUGCCAGUGCCGCCCCGAGUUCCAGCUCCAGGAGGACGGCAAGCACUGUGUCCGGAGAAACCCUUGCGCCGACCGGAAUGGCGGCUGCAUGCACACGUGCCAGGCACGCCGUGGCCUCGCCCACUGUGAGUGCCACGCGGGCUUCCUGCUGGCGGCCGACCGCAGGUCCUGUGAAGAUGUGGACGAAUGCGCCACAGGCCAGGCCCAGUGUGCCCACGGCUGCCUCAACACCCGUGGGUCCUUCACAUGCAUCUGCCACACUGGCUACGAGCUGGGCGCUGACGGCCAGCAGUGCUACCGCAUCGAGAUGGAGAUUGUGAACAGCUGUGAAGUGAACAAUGGGGGUUGCUCACAUGGCUGCAGCCACACGAGUGCAGGGCCCCUCUGCACCUGCCCCCGGGGCUACGAGCUGGACGAGGACCAGAAGACGUGCAUCGACGUGGACGACUGUGCGGCCUCCCCGUGCUGCCAGCAGGCCUGCACCAACAGCCCCGGCGGUUACGAGUGUGGCUGCUACGCCGGCUACCGGCUCAGCACCGACGGCUGCGGGUGUGAGGACGUGGACGAAUGCGCCUCUGGCCGGGGCGGCUGUGGGCACCACUGCACCAACCUGGAGGGCUCCUUCCAGUGCUCGUGCGAGGCUGGCUUCCGGCUGGACGAGGACCGCAGGGGCUGUGCCCCCCUGGAGAUCCCCGAGGUGGACCUGGAUGGCCAGCUGCCCUUUGUGCAGCCCCUCCCACAUGUCGCGGUGCUCCAGGAUGAACGGCCUCACCUCUUCCAAGAUGACUAUAUCGGGGUCCAGGAGGAGGAGGCGGCGGCGGAGGCCCGGGGGGAGCACACGCUGAUGGAGAAGUUUGUCUGCCUGGACGCCUCCUUUGGCCAGGACUGCAGCCUCACGUGUGACGACUGUCGGAAUGGGGGGACCUGCCUCCCGAGCCUGGACGGCUGUGACUGCCCCGAGGGCUGGACCGGCCUCAUCUGUGAUGAGGCUUGCCCUCCGGACACCUUCGGGAAGAACUGCAGCUUCUCCUGCGCCUGUCGAAAUGGCGGGACCUGCAACCCCAUGACGGGCGCCUGCCGCUGCCCCCCGGGCGUCGGUGGAGCCCUCUGUGAGGACGGCUGCCCCAAGGGCUUCUACGGCAAACAUUGCCACAAGAAGUGUCACUGUGCCAACCGUGGCCGGUGCCACCGCCUAUACGGGGCCUGCCUCUGUGACCCGGGGCUCUACGGUCGCUUCUGCCACCUGGCGUGUCCGCCGUGGGCCUUCGGGCCCAGCUGCUCCGAGGAGUGCCCGUGUGAGCGGCAGAACACGCUGACCUGUGACCGGAGGGAUGGUAGCUGUUCCUGCAAGGCCGGCUUCAGGGGCGAGCGGUGUCAGGACGAAUGUGUGCCGGGCUUCUUUGGGCCCGGAUGCCGGCAGGCGUGCACCUGCCCUCAGGGCGUGGCCUGUGACCCCGUCAGCGGCCAGUGUGGGGGGCCGUGUCCUGCCGGCUACCAGGGGAAGGACUGUGAUCAAGAUUGUCCCGAGGGCCGCUGGGGGCUCGGCUGCCAGGAGAUCUGCCCGGCGUGUGAGCAUGGUGCUACGUGUGAGCCUGGGACCGGAGCCUGCCUGUGUCCCCCCGGUUAUGUGGGCAGCCGCUGCCAGGACCCGUGCCCCGCAGGCUGGUUUGGGCCCGGCUGCCAGACGAGGUGCUCCUGUGCCAACGAUAGGAACUGCCACCCGGAGACCGGACAUUGCAGCUGUGCCCCUGGAUGGACCGGCCUCGGCUGCCAGAGCGCCUGUGAUGACGGGCGCUGGGGACCCGACUGCAGCCGCCCCUGCACCUGCAGCCCAGGCCACGGGAGCUGCGACGCGGUCAGCGGCCUGUGUGUGUGUGAGGCCGGCUACACGGGCCCGCGGUGCGAGCAGCGGUGUCCCCAGGGCCGCUUUGGGCCGGGCUGUGGGCAGCGGUGUCGGUGUGAGCACGGGGCGGCCUGUGACCACGUCAGUGGGGCGUGCACCUGCCCGGCCGGCUGGAGGGGAGCCUUCUGUGAACGCGCCUGCCCGGCGGGCUUCUUCGGCCUGGAUUGCCGCGGCGUCUGUGACUGCGCCCCUGGGGCCCCCUGUGACUCUGUGAGCGGCUCCUGCCUCUGCCCUGCUGGCCGCCGGGGCCCCCGCUGUGCGCAGGCCUGCCCCGCCCCCACCUACGGACACAACUGCAGCCAGACCUGCUCCUGCUUCAACGGGGCCUCCUGCGACCCCGUCCACGGACAGUGCCGCUGUGGCCCUGGCUGGAUGGGCCCCACCUGCCUGGAGCCCUGCCCCACGGGCUUGUACGGCCCCAGCUGUGAGCACGCCUGCCUCUGCCAGCAUGGGGGCACCUGUGACCCCGUGUCAGGCCACUGCACGUGCCCAGAGGGCUGGGCUGGCCUGGCCUGCGAGCAGGAGUGCCUCCCCGGGCGCUUCGGAGCCGGCUGCGAGCACAGUUGCGGAUGUCUCAACGGCGGCCUCUGUGAGCGGCGCUCGGGCCGCUGCCUCUGCCCAGCCGGCUGGACCGGGGACAAGUGUCAGAGCCCCUGUGCUGAGGGUACGUUUGGGGCACGCUGUGAGGAGCGCUGUGCCUGCCAGCGGGGGGCCACCUGCCACCAUGUGACGGGGGCCUGCCUCUGCCCCCCGGGAUGGAGAGGCUCGCGGUGUGAGAACGCCUGCCCGCUUGGCCGGUUCGGAGAGGCCUGUGCCCAGCGCUGCCUGUGCCCGCCCGGCGCCGCCUGCCACCACGUCACCGGGGAGUGCCACUGCCCACCAGGCUCCACGGGGCCCGGCUGUGAGCAGGAAUGCCCCCCCGGGCGCUUUGGGCCUGGCUGUGAGCAGCAGUGUGAAUGUGUCCACGGGGACUCCUGCGACGCAGCCACCGGGGCCUGCCUCUGCCCUGCUGGGUUCCUGGGGGCCAACUGCAGCCUGCCCUGUCCACAGGGCCGCUUCGGCCCCAGCUGCGCCCACGUGUGCAGGUGUGGGCAGGGAGCAUUCUGUGACCCCGUGACCGGCAUCUGCACCUGCCCCCCCGGGAGGACUGGUGUCCACUGUGAGCACGGCUGCCCUCAGGACCGGUUUGGCGUGAGCUGUGAGCGCGUGUGUCCCUGCAGGAACGGCGGUCUGUGCAAUGCGGCCAAUGGUCGCUGCUUCUGCGGCCUGGGCUGGACAGGGCCGCACUGUGAGCUGGCCUGCCCUCCUGGCCGCUACGGUGCCGCCUGCCGUCUGCAGUGCUCUUGCCAAAACAACGGCACGUGCGAGCCCACCACGGGCACUUGCCACUGCGGCCCCGGCUUCUACGGCCAGGCCUGCCAGCACUUCUGUCCCCCCGGCUUCCACGGGGCUGGCUGCCGGGCAGCAUGUGAGUGUCAGCACGGGGCCCCUUGCCACCCUGUCAGCGGCCAGUGUGUCUGCCCCGCCGGCUUCUACGGCCAGCUCUGUGAGAGGGGGUGCGAGCCAGGCUCUUUUGGAGAGGGCUGCCGCCAGCGCUGUGACUGCAGGGCGGGGGCACCCUGCGACCCCAUCACCGGCCAGUGCCUGUGCCCCCCGGGGCGUACAGGGGCCGCCUGUGACCUUGACUGCACAGCGGGCUUCUUCGGGCCGGGCUGUGCCCUGCGCUGCGGCUGUGGGGCUGGGGCUGCCUGUGACCCCGUCAGUGGGCUGUGCACCGUGUGAACGGCUCCCUGGGGCCCACCUGCCAGCAAGCGGCCUUACAACCAGCUUCUCACGAACCAGCACUUGGGCUCGGCAGCCGGGCAGAGAAACCCUCGCUCAGAGGCAGCCGCAAGCAGGUCCUUCUUCCAGGCGCUUCGCUGACGACUGAGGAGGGGCGCCUGGGGGCCGGCCAGGACUCCGGCCCAGACUGCCCGGCCCUGCGGCCCCGCACUGGGCAAGGAGCGGCUGGCCGCGGGGAGGGAGGCCCUGCCUGGCCUAGCUCCAAGGGGCCCAGGCGAGUGGGCCCGGCCUCGGGCUGUUGUAGCACCCAGCUGCGCUGGCCGCACGUGCUGAGGAAGCCCUCCCCCCGCCCCCCAGCCGCCCCCUCCAUGGCCCUGGGUCAGGACUGAGGGCAGGCAUGGCUGCAGGUGCAGGCAGGGGUCCCUGCCCUCUGAGCAGGUUCUUCUGGUGCUAGGCCCUGGGACUGCUGCGCUCAGCCCGUUUACCUGGAAUCGUGGCCCACUGUAUUUAUGGAGAAGUAUUUAUGGGCAGCCGGCCAUGCCCACUGCGCCCCUGGGCACCGACAGGCUGCCCCUCCCUGCCUGCCCCAGGAAACCCUGCUGCAGGACUUUGCCCCUCCCCCCCUCCGCGGGGCCUCUGGGCGGCGGGCUCCAGUACAUGUGAAACCCAGGAACUUAAGAAAGAAGCUGCCGCUUCCUUGUGGCCUGUGUGUUCGCUGCUUUGGGCU